AUGACGGAGAUGAAAUUGUUGAAAAUGUUAUUCGUAAUGGUUUCCGUGUUCUUGGUGUGUUGGGGGCCUUACGUGGCGGUGAUCUUCUAUCUGACGUUUGCAUCGACGGCAUCCAUCUCGCAAUAUGCCGUCUUGACGGUUUCGUGGGUGACCCGACUCAAUGCGGUUAUCAACCCCGUCAUAUACGGCUAUCUCAAUAAACAUUUUCGACAGGGUUUUUACGACCUGCUCAGAUCGUGUCCGUGUAAAUGUGCGAAAACCAUACAUUUCAGAGUGGACAUGAGCACCGUUAGCCCGACUGACCAUCGCGUUGUUACGUUGCAUCUGCAGAGGAGAGAUAACGCCCCACCCAUACCUGACAACGGCGAUAUAUUUGUAGUUUCGAAAAACGGCAUCGAAAAUAAAAACAUUAAUGGGCUAAAAAAAAUUAGUGUCGCCGAGGUGCAUAGGGAAGACGUCCGAACGAAUGUACCUUGCAGUUCGUCACCGGGAAUACCACCUCCCGCUGGAAACGAAGAGGCUUCGAGCGGAACAAACCAGGAUUCGCUAGAAUUGAAAUCAAAUUGGAUGAAAGGGUACGGAACAAGAAAAAGGCUACUGCCACCGUUGGGAAGUACGCCUGAAACACUCGUGGAAACAAAUAAGAAGAAAAGAAAGGGGAAGAAAAAGAGAAUGAAACGACGCAAAUCAUUGGAAACUCCGGAAGCACAUGACGAACUACGGACAUUGAAAGGAGUAGGAAACGUCACAGCCUCAGUGGGCUCUUUGUAA